AAUUAUUGUAGAGAAUCUCUAGAUUAUGCAUUUAAAAAAUAAAUUCUUCUAUUCUAUUUCACCGCUAAUCCUUAGCCCUCAAGAUUUCUGAUUCUCUCCGUCUCUGAUUUCUGAAGAAAUGAAUAUUUUGAAACCCUAAUUCGAACUUCAAUUCAAUUGCGAAUUAUCUGAUUCACAAUUCUAAAUUUGCCCAUUCUCCUGGUCUCGAUGGGGGAAGCCGGAAGUCCUAGAACAAGUAGAGAAUCAAACACCUCAUUGAUGGCACAGAAUGACGAUCUGGGAAAUGAUAUGUUCAUUCCUCAACUAUUUACUGGAGUACCAGUUCUCAGUGAAGCUGCAUCUUACCUUGCUCAAACAACUUCAUUGCUAACUCGCUGUUUCUCUGAUUAUUCUUUGGAAUAUUCUUCUAGAGAUUCUGGGAAUUCAAUUACUCAUGCACAGGAAUUGGUGACAUUUUCUUCUGGACAAACUGAGGAAUAUCUGGAUGAUGAUUUCCCAUCUUCAAGUCAAAGCCAUUCAACGUUUUCAGAACCAUCUACAUCUACAUCUGCCACUGCUCCCCCUCCUAUCCGUGAUGGAAUAACAAGAACCUCUUUGGAAAGCCCAUCCCAACAUACGAGUGCAAUUGUAUCAUCAAACCAUAGUGGCCAAAAUGGAAUUUCUAUUUUUCAAGGGCUUAUUGAGAGAGCACGGAGGACUGUUCGUGGAUCUGCUGAUGAUAUAGGAUGGAUGCAACGUGCUUUAUGGAUGCCUGCAGUUGAAGAUGGCACUGAAAGGUUCAUGGAAAUUCUUGAUAACAUCAGGCAUGGUUUGCACAAGUUGUCAAAUUCAGUGGUUUACUUGUUGGUUCCAGGUCUUUUCAGUAAUCAUGGACCACUUUAUUUUGUUAAUACAAAAGUGAGAUUCUCUAAGAUGGGACUAGCCUGUCACAUUGCCAAGAUUCACAGUGAGGCUUCAGUUGAGAAAAAUGCCAGAGAGAUAAAAGAGUACAUUGAGGAAAUCUAUUGGGGUUCAAAUAAACGUGUCAUGCUUCUUGGACAUAGUAAAGGAGGAAUAGAUGCCGCUGCUGCUUUAUCAUUGUAUUGGUCUGAUUUAAAAGAUAAGGUAGCUGGGUUGGCAUUAGCACAAAGUCCUUAUGGUGGUAGCCCAAUAGCUUCAGAUAUUUUACGUGAAGGACAACUUGGUGAUUAUGUUAAUGUGCGCAAGCUUAUGGAGAUUAUAAUCUGUAAAGUGAUUAAGGGUGAUCUACAAGCUUUAGAGGACUUGACUUAUGAGAGGAGGAAGAAAUUCUUGAUGAAACAUCAUUUGCCCAGAGAACUUCCUGUUGUAUCAUUCCACACAGAAGCUGGGACUAGCCCUGCAGUUCUAGCCACGCUAUCUCAUGUUGCUCAUGCAGAGUUACCAUUGGUGGGUGAACCAGCGAAAGUUCCUGUGGUGAUUCCCCUUGGUGCUGCAAUGGCUGCAUGUGCUCAGCUGUUGCAAAUUAGGUAUGGCGAGAAGAGUGAUGGGCUUGUCACAUGUCGUGACGCAGAAGUCCCUGGAUCCAUUGUAGUGCGCCCUAAACGCAAAUUGGACCAUGCUUGGAUGGUCUAUUCCUCAUUAAAUGACGACCCUUCUGAAGCAGAUGCUUCUCAAGUGUGCGAGGCUCUAUUGACGUUGCUUUUGGAAGUUGGACAAAAGAAGAAACAUGAACUUGCAAUGAAAGACGAGUGAGUCUCAUGAGAUUUAUGCCUUUCCAUCUGAUUGUUGUUAUGCUACUCCUGUACACAUGGAACCCUUAGUCACCAAAAAUGAUUAAAUGUUAGAUUUUAUUUUUUUCCUUUUA